AUGACCGCUGUUCUAUUACUCUUCGGCGCUCUUAUUGUUAUAUACUUCUUUCUGAGGCACCGCGCAAGACAUCAAAGACAUGAAAUAAGCAAUAAGAAGAUUCUAGUGGUUGGAGGAAGUAGCGGACUAGGCCUUGCGUUUGCUCAGAUACUGAAGGAGGCAGGGAACAAUGUCACAAUAACAUCAAGAUCCGUGCAAAGCCUAGAGUUGCUGAGAAGUAAAUGGGGGUUUGAAACCAAGGUGUUAGAUGUAAACACAAUGGAUUCCCAGAAGUCUGCAGACUUUGAUUACAUAUUCUGCUGUGCGGGCAUUUCACAUCCUUCAUAUUUUGCCGACCAGUCAUUUGAACUAUUUAAGGAGACAAUGAACACAAAUUACCUCGGGACUGUUGCCGUGUUAAAACAUUAUACAGCAAUUAACAAAAAGCCUAUGAGGUUUAUCAUGAUAGGAUCUACCCUUUCACUCCUUACAUUUCCCGGAUUCUCCUCAUACUCCCCAUCAAAGGCAGCUCUUCUCUCAUUGUUCUAUACACUUCGUGAUGAGAUGAAGGAACUUGGUGUAGAGCUUUAUUUCUAUAAUACAGCCUCUAUUCAGACACCUGGGUUUGAAAUGGAGAACAAGACAAAGCCUGCAUACACAAAGGCCAUAGAGGGAAUGAUAUCUCCAUCCUCUGCCCGGGAGAGAGCUUUUUCAUUUCUCAGUGGAAUGAAGAGAAGAAGCGUAGUGGCAUCUGACGCCUUCACAUAUUUAUGCCAGAUAAGAUUUGAAUGUGAAUGUCUCAUUGACUACCUCCUUUUUCCUGUGGCCGUUGUUGCUGUAUUUAUGUCGCGGAUCUAUGUGAGAUGGAGGUUCAAAGCUGAAAAGAAGAUGCGCGGUAAAGAAGAUGUUUACAUCAAACAUAAAUAA